AACAGAGGGAGAGAACGCGGGAGACCAUGCCAGUGAUAGAGUGAAAAGACUUAAAGCAGCUUGUGAAUUUUCCUAGUUGUCAUGGGCCCUCGGGGUCGAACAAGUGGCGGCGCUGAUUCACCGAGGAGAGGACACGAGAACACAAGGAGAGACAACAGCAGCAAGGAAUGAACACAAGUGACGAGAAGUAACUAAGGACGACAAAGCUUUUAUAAGUAACAGGGAGGCAGAGAGGGAGAUAGAGAGAGAGACGCAGGAGAGUGAGGGGCACACAGGGGUCCAGUGUGUUUGACGAGACCAACCCUAAUCCUUCAGUCCAUCGUCCAUCCAUCCGUCCAUCCUGUGUGGAAGAAGCAGAGACAUGAAGAGACCUCACGACUACAGCUCCCCAGACUCGGACACCGACGAGUUCAUUGACGUGGGACAAGAAGACGGCUUCUGCCCAGUCACCGGGUCCAUGUCUCCCGGCAGUGCCUCGCAGAUUCUGGCCCGAAAGAAGAGAAGAGGGAUCAUAGAGAAGCGGCGCAGAGACCGGAUCAACCACAGUCUGGCAGAGCUCCGCAGACUUGUUCCCAGUGCUUUUGAGAAACAGGGCUCGUCCAAGCUGGAGAAAGCGGAGAUCCUGCAGAUGACGGUGGACCACCUCAAACUGCUGCAUGCCAUGGGAGGAAAGGGAUACUUCGAUGCGAGGGCCCUGGCAGUCGACUACAGGACCCUGGGUUUUAGGGAGUGUGUCGGCGAGGUUGUGCGGUACCUCAGCUCCCUUGAGGGCGAGUCCCCGGACCCCAUAGGAGCCCGCCUAGUCUCCCACCUCUCCCACUGCGCAAGUGAGAUUGACCCUCUCCUCUUGCAGUCUGCCCCGGCCUCCGCCUUGCACUUCCCUCCUUGGCCGUGGGCAUCCUUCCCCCAGAUCUCCCCCGCUUCGCCCGCCUCAGCCUCCCCUCCUUUCCUUGCCGGGCGAAGAGACCUGGCCCUGCUCGGGAGCUACCCCUCACCCGCCUCCCUCCGCCUCGCCCCCCUGGCUGGCUGCCAGCAGGGUGCACCGCCGCUCCUCGCGCCGACAGCCCUGGCCACCGUCCACAGGAUGCCCUCCCUCGCGGCAACCCCAGCUUUAGCCCCCUCCAGACCUACCCAGCCGUCCCCUCACUGUGCCACCAGGGCCUCGCCUCUUCCUCACCCCACCCCUUCCUCUUCCUCUCCUUCCUCCUCCUCUACUUCAUCCACUGCUCAACCACAGGUCUCCUUCAGGCCCUUCGCGCCUCUGGGGUCUUCCACAAUCCAGCGCAGGGGUUUGAACGGAUCGGCCAAGGCGCCUCAGGGAUGGGGGACUGAGAUCGGAGCUUUCUGAGGCUCGGCUCCGGUUUGGGUUUCCCAAUGAACUCUGCACAGUGGACAUGGAGCUGCCGUGUGCACCACGUAGCAAAUAUGAUGAAUUUGGAGAAAGACGUCUUGGACCAUCGAUGAUUGUCUCCAACUUUAAAAGGGACUUUAAAAGCCAUAUCCGACUUUGGGUGAAGUUUUAGAUCAACACUUAGUUAAAGAAUGGAGGAGUGUGAAGGAACUUUUGCAUUGUUUUCAUGAUCUUGCUUGAGAAACUCAUACAUAGUAGUGUCCAACAGAGCCAUAUAUAGAUAUAUAUAAUUCUCAGCAGAUGGAUGUUGAGUCUUCACUGAUCGUUUAACUGUGAUAUUUGUGUCCCCCCCCUCCCCCAAUCAUUUAAACACUUGUUUGCC